AUGGGAUCUAAUUUGCCAUGUAUCCCUCUGAAGCCCGCAGAGCUCCAGGUUCUGCGCGCGCAGUACGAGAAGGAAGGGACGUAUGUCGGAGUUCAGACCAAAUUCAACUAUGCCUGGGGUCUGAUCAAAUCUGAUAAGCGGUCCGAACAACAAGAAGGCGUCCGUCUACUCUCCGAAAUCUUCCGUAGCGCUCCUGAACGUCGCCGUGAAUGUCUCUACUACCUUGCUCUGGGAAACUUCAAGCUAGGAAACUACGGGGAAGCACGCAAAUACAACGAUCUGCUGCUCGACUAUGAGCCGGGAAACCUUCAAGCCGCCAGUCUGCGACAGCUGAUCGACGACAAGGUCUCCAGAGAGGGACUGAUGGGGGUUGCCAUUGUGGGCGGCGUCGCUCUUGCUGCUGGAGUGCUUGGUGGUCUCCUUGUGAGAGGGUCUCGCAGGCGAUGA